ACUUGUUGCCGCAUUAGAAAUCUCAGAGUUCUUCUUCUUCGUCUUGGUUUAGAAAGAAACAAAAAACUGAGAGAUUUUUAAAACUUUUCUUCGAAAGCUUAAGAAUGAUUAUUCCAAAGGGAGUGCCUUCUUUCUACCUCAGAGUAUACAACAUUGUCGAUGAUCCUUCCUUGGAUCGAAUCAUCUCCUGGAGCGAAACGAACAACAGUUUCAUCGUUUGGGAUGAGAAAGCUCUUUGCAGAGAGGUUCUCCGGAAAUACUCAUUGGGCAGAAACUUGGCUCAAUUCAUCUCGGAGCUUCGCGACCGCGGCUUUGAAAGAGUCGCUGGGUCUGCGCAACUGGAGUUUGGGAAUGCUAAUUUCCUCAGAGGCCAGCCUCAUCUCCUUGAGAAGAUGGUCUUACAAAGGAUGGCCAAACUCGGCGCCAAUCUUGAAGCGAAGAUCUCUUUGCAAUUGGAGAUUGCUAUUGCCAACUCAAGGCAAGAUCGAGUCAAUGUAGAGAAGCUCUUUCAAGGUCUUGUUUCCUCUCUCUGCUUCCGUGGAGUUGAAUUCACUCAGUUUAGCGAGCUCUACAGGGGUUGCAGACUCAACGAUGCGCUUAGUGGAAAUAAGCAAAAUGGGUCUGUCAAGAAAACAAGACAAGGUGUCUUUGGCUUCUGCUUCAUCCAAGAGAUGGGUCAGAUGGCAACGCAACAUUAUACAGGCAUUCAUCUAUUGAAGCUGAUGUAUCAAGCACCAGUUACCACCAGAGCACAUGGAGCAGAAUCGGGAGGACGGUUUAAUCCGAUGAUCCAACGUUACGCUCCCUUCUUGAAUACUCCGAUGUCUGCCGUUCGGAGAUGGUGGUUCAGUGACAGGCAAAGCCAUUGUAAUUAUGGGCGUAAGCGGAGCAGGAAAAUCGUAAGAUGUUGGGGAAUGCUCUAUCUUGUGACUUUCUUGAUGCUGAUAAUUUUCACUCUCUAUCAAACAGAGAUAAAAUGCGCCAAGGCAUUGCUCUUUCGGAUGAAGACCGUAUGCCAUGGCUUAGAAAAAAUACAUGAGAGUUUGCGAAAACGUUUGCUCAAUGGAGAAACCGUUGUUCUCGCGUGUUCUUCAUUGAGAAAACAGUACAGAGAGAUCUUGAGAGGCUCUGAUCCUGAUUACAAACCGGGAAGCUGCUCGAGUUGCAAGGUGAAGUUUGUGUUAUUAGAAGGUAACGCAGAGGUCGGUUAAAGAAGAGAGCUUCAGAGGGAGAACAUUUCAUGCCUCUCACUCUUCUCCAGUCUCAGUUUGAUCUGCUUCAAGCCGAUGAUGCCUGUGAAAAGAUAUUCAAGAUCAGUGUGGUUUUAAGCCCUGAAGUUAUAGUUAACUCAAUUCUUGAAAUGGUUACAGAUUCUUUGAGCCCUCGAGAGAAGAUUUAUGAAUUUCUCAGCACAUUGUAUUAUUACUAUUCAUCUUUGUAUUCGAGAUUCACUAUGCAAUAAGCAAAACUUAUUUUUCCGAGUAUUUAAGUUUUGAUUGAACAACUUUCAGAUUCUUCAGUCAGAGGCUGAUUCA